AUGGCAACGGGGGCGGGUGUCAACGGGGUAACGGGGCCUAAAGGGGGAGUACAGGCCUUGAGGUGUCGCCAUGGCAACCGGGGGACGGGUGUCACCGGGCCUAAAGGUGGGGUACAGGCCUUGAGGCGUCGCCAUGGCAACGGGGGUUGCGGCCUGAGGCGUCGCCGUGGCAACGGGCCUGGAGGGGCCGCCAUGGUAACGGGGCCUGCGGGGCGGCCAUGGCGGCGGGGCCCGGUGCCCGCGGAAGGAGGCGGCGGCGGCAGACGCAGUCCCGGCCCCGGCCCCGCUUUAAUGGCGAGCACAGGCGGCCCGGCGGGACAGGGCGGGGCCUGGAGCCGCGCUCGGAGCACGGCCCGGCAGAGGCGGCUGCGAUGGGAGAGGCCGCAGCGGCAGCACCGGGUCGCGAGGGGCGCGGCGGCGAGGGCUGAGCCCGACCGGAGGCACCGAGGGAGCUCCGGGAGCGAGUCCCACACGGAGCUGUCGGAGCCGGUGGUGCUGCGGGGAGGAGGAGCGUGGUCAGCGGGCACCAACACCAGCACCAGCACCACCAGUACUGGCACCAUUGGCAGAAGUACCAGCAGCACCAAUACUGGCACCACCAGCACCAACACUGGCACCGGCACCAGCACCACUGGCAGCAGUACCAGCACCAUCACCAACACUAGCACCACCGGCACCAGAACCACUGGCAGCAGCACCAACACCAUCACCACUGGCAGCAGUACCAGCACCAUCACCAGCACCACUGGCAGCAGUACCAGCACCAACACCGGCAGCAGUACCAGCACCAACACCAGCACCACCAUCACCACUGGCAGCAGUACCAGCACCAUCACCAGCACCACUGGCAGCAGUACCAGCACCAACACCAGCACCACCAUCACCACUGGCAGCAGUACCAGCACCAUCACCAGCACCACUGGCAGCAGUACCAGCACCAACACCAUCACCACUGGCAGCAGUACCAGCACCAUCACCAGCACCACUGGCAGCAGUACCAGCACCAACACCAUCACCACUGGCAGCAGUACCAGCACCAUCACCAGCACCACUGGCAGCAGUACCAGCACCAUCACCAGCACCACUGGCAGCAGUACCAGCACCAUCACCAGCACCACUGGCAGCAGUACCAGCACCAUCACCAGCACCACUGGCAGCAGUACCAGCACCAACACCAGCACCACCAGCACCAUCACCAACACCACUGACAGCAGUACCAGCACCAACACUAGCACCACUGGCACUGGCACCAGCACCAUCACCACCACCACCGGCACCAGCCCCACUGGCACCAGCACCACUGACAGCAGUACCAGCACCGUCACCAACACCAGCAGCACCGGCUCCAUCACCAGUGGCAGCACCAGCCGGCCCAGC